AAUUGUAGAAAUUGCUCUCGAAGAGGACGCUUAAUCUACAGCUUUAUUAUAUGUAACAUCAACUUGAUUUUAUAUGUACGAAAAUCGAUGAUAAAGUUGACAUUCAUGACCAUAUGAGUCACAGCUUCUCUAUAUUUAGUGGUUUCGAUGCGGUUGAGGUCUGCCAUCCAAGAUGUCGGCGUUAGAAACUCUGUACGGCUAUCUCCCCUGCGUCAAAGUUCCCCGGGGUGGGGAGAAGAUAUACAAGGAUGAAUGCAUAUACUGCUACGACACACCGGAGUCGGAGGGUGGUCUGUUUGUGUGCCUGAAGUCGUACAUGGGCCUGUGUCACCUGCAUGUACAGAAAUUCUACGAGAAGUUCCCAGAGAACCCCAUCUACCUGCACCUGAAGAGGACCAAACUAGAGAUCUCUGGUGCAGCAGGGGGUGGGGAAGCUGAGGACCCUCCAGCCAAGAAACCAACAAGGCUGGCCAUUGGUGUUGAAGGAGGUUUUGAUGUGAGUGAAGAAGGUCGCUAUGAGAUCCAGGAAGAGAUAGCCAUCGUGGUGAUGCCUGGAUACGAGUCCUUCCCAUACCCAAGUAUAGAGGACACACCUGUGCAGAUCCAGUUGGCGAUAGAAGGUAUCCUGAAGUCCUCAGGUGCUGACAAGCAGUCUGCAGUGGAGGCCUGGGAUGGGGAAGUCAGACAAGUUAGCAAACAUGCAGAUAAGCUAGAGCAGCUGAAUAAUGGAGUCAAGGUGCCUCCCAAAGGCUGGAAGUGUUCUAGGUGUGACCUAGUAGAAAACCUGUGGAUGAACUUGACAGAUGGAAGCAUCUCCUGUGGACGGAGGUACUUUGAUGGGUCGGGAGGGAACAACCAUGCCGUAGACCACUUCAGAGAGACAGGAUUUCCUCUGGCUGUCAAGCUGGGGACCAUCACGCCUACCGGAGCAGAUGUUUACUCCUACGAUGAGGAUGACAUGGUGGAAGACCCUCACCUGGCCAGACACCUGGCACACUUUGGUAUCAACAUGAUGAGCAUGGAGAAGACCGACAAGACAAUGACGGAGCUUGAAAUCGACAUUAACCAGAGGGUGGGGGAAUGGGCGACCAUCCAGGAGUCGGACAAACAGUUGAAGCCCAUGUACGGUCCAGGGUACACCGGGAUGAAGAACAUGGGAAACAGCUGUUAUCUCAACUCCGUCAUGCAGGUCAUCUUCACACUACCAGACUUCCGGAAAAGAUAUUUUGAAGACUAUGAUUUAAUCUUAAACAGAGCACCCGAAGAGGCCCCCAGUGACUUUACUACCCAAAUGGCAAAAGUUGGGUAUGGUUUGCUAUCUGGCACCUUCUCCAACCCACCUGAAGAGGAGAUGGCUGCAGCUGCAGCUGCACCACCUGCGAAAAAAGUCCAGAAUGGCAUCACUCCCAGGAUGUUUAAGACAUUGAUAGGGAAGGGCCACCCCGAGUUCUCUACAAACAGACAACAAGACGCACAGGAGUUCUUCCUUCAUCUCAUCAAUAUCAUUGACAGACAUUCAAGAGGCACAUUCAACCCAACGGUAUCUUUAAAGUACAUGGCAGAAGAACGUAUCCAGUGUGUCCAGUCAGGCAAGGUUAGGUACAAGCAGCGCUCAGACUACCUUCUGUCCCUACCUGUUCCUGUUGAGCUGGCAGAUAACAGGGAGGAGCUAGUUGUGUACGAAACAAGGAAGCGAGAAAAGGAAAGCAAAGGGGAGAAAAUGGACCCUAAGGAGUUGGUGAGAGCUAAGCUGUCCCUGCAGACAUGUUUGGAUAGCUGGGCAGAGCCUGAGUCUAUCCAGGACUUCUACAGCAGUGCUCUACAGGCCAGAUCUGUGGCCAACAAGUCAACAAGAUUUGCCACCUUCCCCAACUAUUUAAUGGUGCAUCUGAAGAAGUUCACAAUAGGUGAAGAUUGGGUGCCCAAGAAGUUAGAUGUGUCCAUGAGCAUCCCUGAUGAGCUGGACCUGGAACACUUGAGAGGGAAGGGGAUACAGCAGGGGGAGGAAGAGCUUCCAGAGGGGGAAGAGCCACCAAUGGGAGAGCCUGCUGGAGCUGGUGCUGGGGCCACUGCUGCUACUGCUACUGGACAAAAAGCUGAACCAGAGAUUGAUGAAGAAACAGUGAUCCAGCUGUCGGAGAUGGGGUUCCCUACAGAGGCCUGCAGGAAGGCUGUGUACUACACCUCCAACUGUGGGGCUGAGGCAGCCAUGGACUGGAUCAUGCAGCAUAUGGAUGAUCCUGACUUUGCUCAACCACUACAAAUCCAGAGAGCGCCUGCAGGUCAGCGGCCGGAGCCAGAGGGCGCAGCUGCAGGGGGGCCCAGGGCUCCCGAGUCGUCUUCAGGCCUGAGUGAAGAGGCCUUGACCAUUCUGGAGGCCAUGGGCUUCACAAGGGGACAGGCCAUCCGGGGGCUGAAGGCUACAGAUAACAAUUUGGAGAGAGCAGCAGACUGGUUGUUCAGCCACUCUGAUGAGCUGGACACCAUGCCCAUGGACACAGCAGAACAGGAAAGUCUCCCCGUACAAGCAACUCCACAAGUCCAGGAUGGGACUGGAAAGUACAAACUUGUAGCCUUCAUCAGCCACAUGGGAACCUCUACAAUGUGUGGCCACUAUGUCUGCCAUAUCCUCAAGGAUGGAAGAUUGGUUAUCUACAAUGAUGAGAAAGUUGCAG